AUGAAUUGGUGCAAGACCCGUGAUCCCAGGAUUGUUCUCCCUAUGGAAAUCUUUACAUCAAUCCUCAAUCAAGUCAUCACCGAAGGCUUCAUCAACCCGAUCCGCCUGCUCCUCCCACUGACGCUCGUCAGUCAAGGGUGGUUAGACUAUAUAGUAAACACUCCAGAGCUAUGGGUGCACAUCGAUGUGGGUAGAGGCCUGGAAGAGGCCGAUUCACUCGCAAAGCUCGCUACUAGCCUCGCAUUAUCCAAAGAUCAACGACUUUACCUCGUUAUCGUUUACGAAAUCAACAAUUGGGACAUGAUAUUCUCACUUCUACGGCCCCAUAUAACCAGAAUAAGAUCCCUUUCGUUCCUUCGACAGCGGACCGAGACGAUACAAAGGCGUGAUUGGGAGUAUAGCCAGCGACAAAUUAUUAGAUGCUUAAAGGACUUUGGUUAUUUACCGGACUUACUGUCAAUCACAGCGGACGGAGACUGGGCUGGGGGCAUUUGGAUCGAGAGGCUCUCGUAUUUUCCGACUCUGAGGCAAAUCUUGAUACGCAAAAUCCAUCCUCGUGCAAUCGAAAACCUUCAAUGCCCAGAAAAGGUACAAGAUUUCACUACAUUGCUUUCUAUCGGCGUGUGCUAUCCUCUAUUAGGUAUCCUUUCGGGUCUACGGAAGCUGCGUAUGGGUUCUAUGCCACCUGAAGAACCUCCUAACGAGGAUGGCAUCCUCCCCACAGCGCUAUAUACACUCGCUGUGCGGGAAAUUCUGACCGACUCCGCCGCGCGCCUGGUAUUCAAAGUCAUAAGAAUGGCACCUCGGCUACGGCGCAUAGGUCUUUUGAUUGAAUGGAAUAGGCUCACAGAGCUCAUGUCUAUUCUUCCCAGCCUCCUUCAGCUCGAAACGCUGCAGCUGGAACUCACCAAGCCCACAGCAAGCAGAUCAGAAAGUCUACACCUAUUAGCGCCGGAGACUCCAACAGGCGUCAAGGACUUGUACAUCCGCUAUCAGGAUUCGACUGAUGCGCUGUACUACCACCAAGCUUUGGCCAAGUAUUUACGGCACGCGAUGCCAUUCCUUUUAGACUUGCGCCUAGACUGUUACAUAUUACCCACACCAUACAUGUCGUACAUCAAGUCUCUCAAACACCUUCUGCGUCUCCGUAUCGCAGCGGGGAGAGCAGUAGUUGACAAAGACUCGAUUAUCCAGUCCGACUCGCUCGAAACCCUCAACAUUCAUUGGACGACUGCCGAUCAAGGCUACAUCUUGGAGAAGCUGCACUGUCCAGGUCUCUUGCGCCUCUCGUUAUGCGAAGCAAUGGCAGGCACGAUUCGCGACCCACCCUCCUUUGCCCAUUACCAAGUCCUUUCGACGACUCAAGAAACAAUCCAACUUCCAGAUAUGAAAGCUUUGCGCACCCUCGAGCUUUCUGGCCGUUCGAUACUAUACAUGCCACUCGACUCCUUGACUAGGAUAGUCUUCGACAAAUACACCUCGACAGCCAGCGAAUUCUUCAUCAAAUUGAUUAAUCAACCAGAUAUGUGCGCGAUGCUCCAACGCAUAGAGCUUUAUUGCUUUCCAGAAUGGGAUCUUCUCUUCCUCCUGCUUGAACGGCGGGGUUUUGCAAGUUUUACUCGCCCAAUAGAAGAGAUUAUGCUUCCAGCAAAUAUACCUAUAUACCUCCUUCGUCCGUUGGUCAAUCUAUUGGGAGACCAAACGGCUCUACGUCCCCCAAACGAGGAUGUCUCCCUUGAUGCCAUUGCGGAUAUCACGACGGACUACACAAUUCCCGGGUGUAUGUGGUGUUCCUGGUCAUUCCAAACGUGCGCAACACCAAUCCCCAGACUGACUCACCUCCGAUCAACUCCAAGCAUCGCAUUUAACCACUCCAAGGAUCCGAAACCAAAGACAAGAACGGUGGCACAAUCGGAUGAAGAGCCUAGACGGAAAGGCCAGUAG